ACCACCAACUUGCAUCAUUUCUCGCGUGUCCUGCCAACCGGAGUUGGACGAUAUACGCCAUCAUGGUGGAGCCGGUGCCUGAGUCCAUCAACUUUCCCUCGCAAGAGGAGAAGAUCCUCCAGCUGUGGAAGGACAAGGACUGUUUUAACGAGUGCCUCAAACAAUCAAAAAACCGGCCCAAGUACACCUUCUAUGAUGGUCCACCCUUUGCCACGGGUCUACCCCACUACGGUCACAUCCUAGCGGGCACCAUCAAGGACAUCGUCACCCGCUUUGCCCACCAGAGUGGCUUCCAUGUGGACAGGCGCUUUGGCUGGGAUUGCCAUGGCCUGCCUGUGGAGUACGAGAUUGAUAAGACCUUGGGGAUCACAGGCCCCGACGACGUAGCCAAGAUGGGCAUCGACGAGUACAACAAGCACUGUCGAAACAUCGUCAUGAGAUACUCUCACGAGUGGGAGGUCUCGGUCAACCGAAUGGGCAGAUGGAUUGACUUCAAAAACGACUACAAGACACUCUACCCGUGGUUCAUGGAGACUGUCUGGUGGGUGUUCAAGCAGCUAUACGACAAGGGUCUGGUGUAUCGCGGUGUCAAGGUCAUGCCUUUUUCCACUGCGUGCAACACUCCGCUCUCCAACUUCGAAUCCCACCAGAACUACAAGGACGUUCAAGAUCCAUCGGUCAUUGUCAACUUCCCGCUGCUUGACGAUGAGGACGUGUCUCUUCUUGCGUGGACCACCACUCCAUGGACACUGCCCAGCAACUUGGCCUUGUGUGUCAACCCUGAAUUGUCUUAUGUCAAAGUCCAAGAUAAUACCACCAACAAGACAUACAUCAUGAUGGAGUCCCGGCUGGGCGCUCUGUUUAAGUUGGAGAGCGAGUACACGUUCCUGGACAAAUUUCCUGGCAAAACGCUGAGUGGAAAAAAGUACAAGCCUCUUUUCAAUUACUUUGCCAAGUGUGGUGAGAGAGGUGCAUUCCAGGUGGUGACUGAUAACUAUGUUAAGGAGGAAGAGGGCACAGGAGUGGUCCAUCAGGCACCUUACUUUGGAGCUGAUGAUUACAGGGUGUGCACUGAAUACGGCAUCAUCCAGAGGGACCAGGCUCCGAUCUGCCCCGUGGAUGCCUCCGGCUGCUUCACUUCAGAGGUCACCGAUUUUGUGGGACAAUAUGUCAAAGAUGCUGACAAGAAUAUCAUCAAGUGGCUGAAGGAGAAGGGUCGCCUUGUCAAUGCCAGCUCUUUCAAACAUAACUACCCAUUCUGCUGGAGGUCAGACACCCCCCUGAUCUACAAAGCUGUGCCCAGUUGGUUUGUCCGUGUGGAGCACAUGGUGCAGAAGCUUCUGGACAACAAUGGACAAUGUUACUGGGUUCCAGAUUUUGUGCGUGAGAAGCGCUUCGGCAACUGGCUGAGGGAUGCGCGAGACUGGGCCAUUUCCAGGAACCGCUACUGGGGCACGCCGAUCCCCAUGUGGGUCAGCGAUGACUAUGAGGAGGUGGUGUGUGUCGGCUCCAUUGGCGAACUGGAGGAACUAACUGGAGUCAAAGUAACUGACCUGCAUCGGGAGAGCAUCGACCACCUGACAAUGCCCUCACGCUGUGGCAAAGGUGUCCUGCGGAGGAUCACCGAGGUGUUUGACUGCUGGUUUGAGAGCGGCAGCAUGCCCUACGCCCAGGUGCACUACCCCUUCGAAAACAAGAAGGAGUUUGAGGACACGUUCCCAGCAGACUUCAUCGCCGAGGGCAUUGACCAGACAAGGGGCUGGUUCUACACGCUGCUGGUACUCUCCACAGCCCUGUUUGGCAAACCGCCCUUCAAAAAUGUCAUCGUUAACGGCCUGGUACUUGCUAGCGAUGGACAGAAGAUGAGCAAGCGCAAAAAGAACUACCCGGAUCCGGGCCUCAUAGUGCAGAGCUAUGGCGCCGAUGCCCUCAGAUUGUACCUCAUCAACUCCCCAGUGGUGAGAGCGGAAAACCUCCGUUUCAAAGAAGAGGGUGUUCGAGAUGUGUUGAAGGAUGUCUUCCUGCCAUGGUACAAUGCCUAUCGCUUCCUGGUGCAGAAUGUGCAAAGGUUACAAAAGGAGGACAGCAUUCAGUUCCUGUAUAAUGAGAACACCGCAAAGCAGAGUGACAACAUCAUGGACAAAUGGAUCCAGUCCUUCACGCAGUCCCUCAUCCAGUUCUUUAAGGCAGAAAUGGAUGCAUACCGCCUGUACACUGUGGUGCCUCGUCUGGUCAAGUUUGUGGAUAUGCUCACCAACUGGUACGUCCGUACCAAUAGACGCCGUCUAAAGGGCGAGAGUGGUACUGAGGACUGUCUGUGGGCGCUGGAAACCCUCUUCAGUGUUCUGUUCUCCAUGUGCAGGCUGAUGGCCCCUUUCACACCCUUCAUCACCGAGAUGAUGUACCAAAAUCUGCGUAACCUGGUCGACCUCGCCUCUUUGGAGGAGAAAGACACCGGCAGCAUACAUUAUCUCAUGCUGCCCCAAGUCAGGGAUAAUUUGAUUGACAAGCGCAUCGAAAACGCCGUCUCUCAGAUGCAGUCGGUGAUCGAGCUGGGGCGGGUCAUCCGUGACAGGAAGACCCUGCCGGUGAAGUAUCCACUGAAGGAGGUGGUCGUCAUCCAUCAGGAUUCAGACUCGCUGAAAGACAUCCAGUCGCUACAGAAAUAUAUCCUGGAAGAGCUCAAUGUGCGCCAGCUGACCAUCUCGACUGAUAAAGACAAGUACGGCAUCCGUCUGCGGGCUGAGCCAGACCACAUGGUGCUGGGCAAGAGGCUGAAGGGUGCGUUCAAAGCCAUCACCGCUGCCAUCAAGGAGCUUAGCAGCGAACAGCUCGAGGCCUUCCUAAAGAAAGGUUCCAUUGUGGUGGAUGGCCAUGAGCUUCACGAGGAUGACCUGAGGCUGAUGUACACGUUCAAUCAGAGCUCUGACUCAGCCGCUCAGUACGAAGCCCACUCUGACUCCCAGGUGCUGGUGCUGCUGGACGUGUCCCCGGACCAGUCCAUGGUGGAUGAGGGCGUGGCCAGAGAGGUCAUCAACCGUGUUCAGAAACUACGCAAGAAGGGCCAUUUGGUGCCGUCGGAUGAGAUCACAGUGUACUACCGCUGUCAGCCAGAUGGGGAUUACUUGGGCUCGGUGAUCCAGGCUCACACGGACUUCAUUCUGGCGACGACGAAGGCGCCCCUCCUGCCUUACCCUGUCCCCAAGAGUGCCGGCGUCAUCAUCCAGGAGAAGACGCAGCUGAAGGGCUGUGACUUGGAGCUAACUAUUGUAAAGGGAUCGUCGCUGCCACGAGCCGCUUUAAAUGGACCAGCGUGUGCUUACGUCAACCUCCGAGUUAAAGUCAACGGCAAAGAACAAGACGGGGUGGUGCUGCUGGAGAAUCCGAAAGGCGAUAACGGGUUAGACGUGGACAAGCUGAAAAUCGUGUGCGGCAGCAUCUUUGGGACCAACAACGCCAAGCUCAAACUCUUUAACGACGGCAAAGAAUUGGCUAAUGAAGAAAACUUGCAGGCCCUGAGUGGUAAAACUUUGACAGUGAUGACAGACACGGCUUCCCCUGGGGUUGCCACUUCCGGCAGUGCCCUCGUGUGUCCUUACGUGAAUCUCAUUCUCUGCAACGUGCAGCCCGCUGAGUGCAAAACGGGACAAGUGGGAACCCUCCUGCUGGUCAACCCAGUUGGCCAGAACGGGCUCGACUACUCAGGCCUGCUGUCGGAGGCCACCAAGGUCUUCGGCCUCCGCGGCAGACGGCUCAGACUCUACCUGGACCAGGACCUCAGCCAGGAGCUGCCGGCCGAUUCUCCAGUAAAAUCUCUGGACACCAAAACUCUGUUUGUGAGGGUUCUUCCCACCACGGCGGAAUCGUAGAACCACUAGAUACCCUCACAGAAACCCUCAUCACUGUUACAGUACAGCUUCUGACAAUUGCAUUUUUUAUUUUUUAUUUUUUACCUCUCCUAAACGAUUAUGUGUUUAAAUCCACUCGGGAUCAUGCAACAUUUUAGCACCCAUAAGCACACCAUAAUACUAGUAGCACAGAUUCCUUAUGGAAAACAGUUAUACGUUUGUGGUUUUCUUUCCCAUUUAACGUUAAAACUUUCUUUAACUAAUUUGAGGUCAGUUUAAGGGUCCAGAGUCAUUACAGCUGUGGCAAUUAAUUGGGCAAACCAAUUUGCCUUAUUGUAGCCACAUGCCAUUUAGAAUUGAACAGAUAAACCUUUCAUUGCUUUGUGAGUGGUCAUUUGGAAAGUUGAAAUGAAAUUUUCGGGUGGCUGAGCUGUCAGGUCGACCUAUGGAAAAAUGCUAUCAAAUGGAAUAAAUCAAUGGUGAUGGAAAA